AUGAACGGGAAGACUACAAUUUCCCGUCAUACAGCACAAAAUGGAACGGCACAGAAAAAUGAAAAUGGUUUUGCAAAAUACAAUCAUACAAAAACAAAUGGCAUCGAUAAACCAAAAGCAUUUACAACAUCAAAUUAUCCCAGUAGUAUUGCAAAACCAUUAGCUCCAUGGCCGUCGGAUCACGGCGAAGUUUCUGAUCUUUACAAAGUUGUUUUAAAUCACUCGACUCACCCACCCCUCGUCCAGCAUGAAUCAUGGACAGUGGCUGCACCAUAUAAAGAGCAAAAACACGUUAGAUCAGCUGUUGAAUCAAUAGCAAAUAAUUUUAGUCCACAAGCCCAGCAACUAAAUAUUCGUAAAUUACCGAAACAAAAAGAUUCUCGACCUUAUCCCGGCGAUGGAUAUCAUCGUAAUGAACCAGUUGAUGAGUUUUUAAAACGAACACGAGAAGAACCAGACAUACCAGCGUGGGUACAAAAGAAAUGUAAACGAGCACAAGAUUUUCGCAAAGAAAAAGCAGAGAAAUGGUUAAUGCCGCCAUCUCGUCCAAUAUCACCCACAGAACAAUUACACAUGUUGUCAUGGUUAAAUACUGAAGAAUCACGCUAUAUGCAAGAGCCAAAAAAGGAAGAAAUUGAACGUUACUGGUAUUACAUUCGUAAUGGUGUUCAAGCUCGAAUGAUUGCACCACAGUCCGCUGAUCAAUAUCUAAAAUUUUGUUCACAUUUAUCCAAUAAACUUCUCGAGCCUAUCAAAUAUUUACAAGAAUGUCAUGCAUCAUUACGUGACGAAGUUCGACGUGAUUAUGAAUUGGCAAUACGAAAAGCUAUCGUUGACUAUAUUUUACUGGACGAACGUGAACGUUCUCGCGUCAAAAUUGAACAUGUUCCACGACCAUUUCGUUUAUUUAUGAUUCGUGCACCUAUUCCAUGGCAUGAUAAAAUGCAAGAAACAAGUAAACAAUUACAAUUUACAUUACAUAUUAAUAAUCCUAUAAUGGCUCUAUUGCAAACAUUAUGGAAUGAAAAUUUUUCAUCACAACGUCUUGUUAGUUUCGCUGAUUUGAACGAAGCACGAUUACCAAAGUAUCCAUCAGAAUUUGAAAAAUUCAUCGAAGACCAUGCUAGUAAAAUGCAUCAAAUAUUGAUUAAUCAGUGGCUUCAAGCUUGUAAAAAUGUUGUUGUAGAAAAUCGUCAAUAUUGGGAAAAUAUGGUACCAAUGAGUGAUGAUGGUAACACUGAGUUAGUUGAAUCCUUUUUUAAUACUGUUGCCGCUCAUAUGGCAUCACAUCUGAGACAAUUAGUCAAUAAUUCAUUGGAAGAUUUUGCACGUUUCUUUGAGCAAUAUUCAAAUGGUAAUAAUUAUCAAGACAAUGUUUAUAAUGUAAUGAGUUUUGCUCGUGUACCUGUCUUUGUUCAACGUCUUUAUGCUGAUGGUCCGAAAAUUGGUUUUGAUCCAACAAAUCAAGAUAUACGUGCCAUGUUACAACGUUGUAUUAAACAUUUAGUCGAUGGUGCUGGACAAAUACCACGAAUUGAAUCACAAUUAUUUGAUCCUAAAACAAAAUUAUUACUAAGAAAUGUUCGACCAGAUGAAGAAAUUGUUGAAAAAACAACGGUACGUGUUUUGGAAGUACUAAAUAAAAAUUUACCCGGUCCACAAUUAUAUUUACAUGAAUAUGAUCAAUAUCAAGAAUUGUUAAAUUUAAAAGCUGAAGCAGAAACAAUCGAUUUUUUGAAACAAAAAGAUCAUACAUUAGAAACAUUUGAAACUGAAAUCAAGGCAAAAACAGCAUUGAUUAAUGAAAUCAUGUUAAAACGUAUUAAUGCACCAUUAAACUUAAUUAAUCUUGAUUGUCAUGAUCUUAAUGAACAUUUAGUAAAAACGGUUAAAAAAUUACGAGAAAAACUCGUACAGUAUUGUAUCGAAGAUAAUAAUCGUUUAAAUAAAGAAAUUGUCAAAGAAUAUGAUGAAAUAGCGAAUACAGUGAGUGUUGCUGCAGAAGACAUUGAAGAAUUAGUUAAAACAACAGAAUUUUUAAAUAAAGCACUCGAAACAUCCAUUUAUAAACUGGCAUAUAAAAUUGGAGAAGCUAAAGAUCGUCUAAUGUUCUUAUUGGACUAUGCUAUUAUGAGUCCUGAAGAUCUUAAAUUGAAUGCUCAAGUAUUUCAUUGGCCUGAAAAUAUUUUAUCAAUAUUGGAAUUGAAUCAAGGUCGUCUAACUGCAUUAAGAGAACGAGCUGAAGAACGAUUACGUGAUAGAAUAUUAAAAUUUGAAAAGAAACUUGAAGAUCUUCAAAAAGAUGUUGAUGUAUUCAGACGAAAAGAGAUAUUGAGUACCGAAGAAAUGCGUUUAAAUGUUGAAAAAUUAGCUGAUAUCAAUAAACUUCUUGAUGAAUAUAAAAAUGAAGGUGAACAAAUUAAUCGUGAACAACAAUUACUCGGUUGGGAAGUAAUACCAUUUCCAAAAUUACAAGAAAUUGUUGUUAUAAAAGAUCCGUAUGAGAAAUUAUGGAAUACAGCAUGGCAGUUUCAUAUAUCAUUUGAACAAUGGAUGAAUGGACCAUUUCAAGGUUUAAAUGCCGAGAAUAUUAGUGAUGAAGUAGGAAAUAUGUGGCGUACAAUACAUAAAUUACAGAAAACAUUGACAGAUCAAGUUGGACCGAGACGUGUAGCCGAUUUUAUUAAAAACCGUUUAGAUAAAUUUAAAGUUCAUAUACCUGUACUACAAGUCAUCUGUAAUCCGGGUUUAAAAGAUCGUCAUUGGGAAAAUAUGUCACAAUUGGUUGGUAUACAAUUACCACACGAUUCAACAGCAUCUCUUGGUGAUCUUUUAGAACUUGGUGUUGCUAAAUAUAUUGAUAAAUUAGAUGAGAUUGGUGGCUCAGCAUCAAAAGAAUAUUCAUUAGAAAAAGCUCAAACAAAAAUGAAAGAUGAAUGGGCAGAAAUGAUCUUUACAUUUGUAAGAUAUCGUGAUACAAAUGUUUCCAUAUUAUCAGCUGUGGAUGAUAUACAAGUAAUGUUAGAUGAUCAUAUUAUUAAAGCACAAACAAUGCUUGGCUCACCAUUUAUUAAACCAUUAGAAGAGGAGAUGAGAGCAUGGUGUGAACGUUUACAAUUGUUACAAGAUAUUAUUGAUAUUUGGUUAAAAGUACAAGCAACAUGGCUCUAUUUAGAACCAAUUUUUGGCUCAGAAGAUAUUAUUAAUCAAAUGCCGGAAGAAGGACGAAAAUUUGGUAUUGUUGAUAGUCAUUGGAAAGAAAUAAUGUCAAAUGCUGUUAAAGAUGCACAUGUACUUGUGGCCACAGAUCAAGAAGGAAUGUUAGCAAAAUUGAAAGAAGCACAUAGAUUAUUAGAAGAAAUUCAAAAAGGAUUGGCCAAUUAUCUUGAAAAAAAACGUUUAUUCUUUCCAAGAUUCUUUUUUCUUUCUAAUGAAGAAUUACUUGAAAUAUUAUCUGAGACAAAAGAUCCUCUACGUGUUCAACCACAUUUAAAAAAAUGUUUUGAAGGUAUUAAUCGUCUUGAAUUUAAUGAACAACAAGAAAUUACGGCUAUGAUAUCGGUAGAAAAAGAAGUUGUUCAAUUUAAAUUGAAAAUAAAUCCAAGUAAAGCACGUGGUAUGGUUGAAAAAUGGUUAAUUCAAGUUGAAGAUCAAAUGUUACUUUCAAUACGUAUGAUUAUUAAAGAAGCUUUAGCAGCAUACGAAAAACGUGAUCGAAAAUUAUGGGUUCUCGAAUGGCCAGGACAAAUUGUUAUUUGUGCAUCACAAGUUCAUUGGACAAGAGAAGUUGAACAAGCAAUUUUAAAUCAAACAUUACAAGAUUUUUUAGAAAAAUCAAAUGAACAAAUUAAAGAUACAGUGGCAAUUGUACGAGGAAAAUUGGAGAGUGGUCCUCGUCGAACAUUGGAAGCAUUGAUCGUUAUUGAUGUACAUGCUCGUGAUGUAAUAUCAAGUUUAAUUAAUAGUAAAAUAGAGAAAAUAACAGAAUUUUUAUGGUUAUCACAAUUACGAUACUAUUGGUUAGAUGAAGUGAAUAAAUUGAUGGUACAUAUGAUAACAACAGAUGUUGAAUAUGCCUAUGAAUAUUUGGGUAAUACAACACGUCUUGUCAUAACACCAUUGACAGAUAGAUGUUACAGAACGUUGAUGGGGGCUUUAAAAUUAAACUUGGGUGGUGCUCCAGAGGGUCCCGCUGGUACGGGCAAGACUGAAACUGUGAAAGAUUUAGCAAAAGCAGUAGCCAAACAGUGUAUUGUCUUUAAUUGUUCGGAUUCAUUAGAUUAUCAGGCAAUGUCAAAAUUUUUCAAAGGUCUUGCACAAUCAGGCGCUUGGGCAUGUUUUGAUGAAUUUAAUCGUAUUGAACUUGAAGUAUUAUCCGUUGUUGCUCAACAAAUUUUAACAAUUCAACGUGCUAUUGCAACAAAUCAAAAAAAAUUUUUAUUUGAAGGAACAGAAUUAGAAUUAAAUCCAACAUGUUGCGUUUUUAUUACAAUGAAUCCCGGUUAUGCAGGUCGAUCUGAACUACCUGAUAAUUUAAAAGUUCUAUUUCGUACAGUGGCAAUGAUGGAUUAUGCUAUGAUUGGUGAAAUUAGUCUCUAUUCUAUGGGUUUUAUCGAUGCUCGUUCUUUAUCUGGUAAAAUUGUGGCCACAUACAAAUUGUGUUCAGAACAAUUGUCAUCACAACAUCAUUAUGAUUACGGUAUGCGUGCUGUUAAAAGUGUUCUAACAGCAUCUGGUAAUUUAAAACAAAAAUAUCAAGAUGAAAAUGAAUCGAUAUUAGUUUUAAGAGCAAUAAAAGAUGUAAAUUUGCCAAAAUUUUUAGCACAAGAUGUUCCACUAUUCGAAGGUAUUAUUAGCGAUUUGUUUCCAGGUGUAAAAUUACCAGUACCAGAUUAUGCUGUAUUCUUGGAAGCAAUUCACAAUAACUCACGUCAAUUAAAAUUACAACCAAUACCGUGGUUCAUCGAGAAAAUUAUACAGAUUUACGAAAUGAUGCUUGUACGACACGGUUUUAUGAUUGUUGGUCCGUUUAUGGGUGGAAAGUCAGCAGCAUUCAAAGUAUUGGCUGGUGCACUCGCUGAUUUAGAAGCAGCCGGUCUAAUGGAGGAACACAAAGUUUUAUUCAAAGUCAUUAACCCCAAAUCAAUUACAAUUGGACAAUUGUAUGGUCAAUUUGAUCUUGUUUCACAUGAAUGGACAGACGGUGUUUUGGCAACAACAUUUCGUGAAUAUGCCGCCAGUCAAUCGCUCGAUCGUAAAUGGAUUAUUUUUGAUGGUCCUGUUGAUGCUGUUUGGAUCGAAAAUAUGAAUACGGUGUUGGACGAUAAUAAAAAGUUAUGUCUUAUGAGUGGUGAAAUAAUUCAAAUGAGUCCACAAAUGAAUUUGAUUUUUGAACCGGAAGAUUUAGAACAAGCAUCUCCCGCUACUGUCAGUCGUUGUGGUAUGAUUUAUAUGGAUCCAAAUCAACUUGGUUGGCGUGUAUUUAAAGAUUCUUAUAUUCAAUAUGAAUUACCAUCAAGUCUAUCUAAAGAACAUGUUGAAUUAAUUAAUGAUUUAUUCGAAUGGUUGCUUGAUCCAUGUUUAGAAUUUGUUAGACAAAAUUGUAAAUUUCAUUUACAAACAUCACCAAUUCAUUUAGCUUACAGUUUAAUGCGUUUGUAUACAUGUUUAAUGGAUGAAAUUGCCGGUGUUAAUACCGGUGAAGAGGGAAAAAUGCAUCAAGAGUUAACAGCAAAUACGACAAUGUUAUGGCUUCAAGGUCUCUUUUUGUUUGCAUUGGUUUGGUCUGUGGGUUCAACGAUCACUGGUGAAAGUCGAAAAAAAUUUGAUACAUUUCUACGUGAUCUUCUAAAUGGUACAAUGGAACAAUAUCCAAAACCAAAAAAUAUUAAACUUUCAAAAGCCAGUGUAUUUCCUGAUCGUAAUACAUGUUUUGACUUUUAUUUUGAAAAAAAAGCGGCUGGUCAUUGGAAAGAUUGGGUCGACAUGAUACCACGUGAAGAUUUGACAAUACCAGAAGGAGUUAAAGUUGUCGAUUUAAUUAUUCAAACUGAUGAAACAGCACGACAAACAUUCUUUUUAGACACAUUUUUAUUACAUAAUUCACCUCUACUAUUUGUGGGACCAACAGGUACCGGAAAAUCGGCAUUAAAUAAUUAUUUUCUCGUUCGUUUACCAAAAGAAAAAUUUAUUGCUAAUAUUGUUAAUUUUUCUGCGCGUACAACGGCAAAUCAAACAAUGGAUACAAUAAUGAGCAAAUUAGAUCGACGACGAAAAGGUGUCUAUGGACCAUUAAUGGGUAAAAAAUGUAUAAUAUUUGUUGAUGAUUUAAACAUGCCACAAAAAGAAAAAUAUGGAGCACAACCACCAAUUGAAUUGUUGAGACAAUGGUUAGAUCAAGGCUACUGGUUUGAUAAAAAAGAUACAUCAAGAAUUGAAUUAUUAGAUUUGACAUUUCUUGGUGCAAUGGGUCCUCCUGGUGGUGGAAGAAAUGAUAUUAGUGGACGUUUUACUCGUCAUUGUAAUGUAAUAUCAAUUGAUUCAUUUUCUGAUGAUACUAUGCAAAAAAUAUUUACAUCAAUAAUUGAUUGGCAUUUUUCACGUGGUUUUGAAGCAUCAUUUCAACGUGUUGGUCGUUUAUUGGUACAAGCAACAAUGCAAUUAUAUAAAAAAGCGGUUGAAACAUUUUUACCUACACCUCAAAAAAGUCAUUAUGUCUUUAAUUUACGAGAUUUUUCUCGUGUUAUUCGUGGAAUAUUAUUAGUUCCUCAUACACAUAUGAAAGAUGACAAAAAAUUAUAUCGUCUUUGGAUUCAUGAAAUUUAUCGUGUAUUCUAUGAUCGUCUAAUCGAUGAUAAUGAUAGAGAAACAUUUUUUACCGUUAUUAAAGAUAUUACAACUGAUGCAUUAAAACAAGACAUUGGACGACUAUUAGAACAUUUAAUACCUGCAGAUAUGCCACCACCAAAACAAUUACGUGAUGAACAUAUACGUUCAUUAAUGUUUGGAGAUUAUAUGAAACCUGAAGCCGAUCCAAAAUACUAUGAUGAAAUUAAUGAUUUACAACAAUUACAACGUAUUAUGGAGGGAUAUUUAGAUGAUUAUAAUGCUGUUAGUAAAAGUCCAAUGCAUUUGGUUAUGUUUCAAUUUGCUAUUGAACAUAUUUCACGUGUAUCAAGAAUAUUAAAACAAGAUCAAGGUCAUGCAUUACUCGUGGGAAUUGGUGGUAGUGGACGACAAAGUUCAGCUAAAAUGGCCGCAUAUAUGGCUGAUUAUGAAUUAUUUCAAAUUGAAAUUACAAGAACAUAUGGAAAAAAUGAAUGGCGUGAUGAUAUUAGAAAAUUAUUUCGAAAGAGUGGAUUAGAAGGAAAAAAUACCGUAUUUAUGUUUAAUGAUUCACAAAUUAAAGAUGAAUCAUUUAUUGAAGAUAUUAAUAUGAUGUUGAAUACAGCUGAUAUUCCAAAUUUAUUUCCAGGUGAUGAAAGAGCAGAAAUAUGUGAUAAAAUGCAAAAUAUUGCCAGACAAUCAAAUCGUAAAAUAGAAACAACACAAAUGGCAUUAUAUAAUUUUUUUAUUGAACGUGUACGAUCAUCAUUACAUAUCGUAUUAGCAUUUAGUCCCAUUGGUGAUGCUUUUCGAAAUCGUUUAAGAAUGUUUCCAAGUUUAAUUAAUUGUUGUACAAUUGAUUGGUUCAUGUCUUGGCCUCAAGAUGCGUUAGAAAUGGUUGCAAAAAAAUUUUUAGAAGAAGUUGAAUUAGAAGAUGAUAUUCGUGCCCAUUGUGUUGUGAUGUGUAAAACAUUUCAUGAACAUAUUCGACUAUUAUCACAACGUUUUCUAAGUGAAUUAUCACGAUAUAAUUAUGUAACACCAACAUCCUAUCUUGAAUUAAUAUUAACAUUUAAAGAUUUAUUACGUAUUAAACGAACAGAAGUUCAAAGUUUAAAAGAUAAUUAUUUAAAUGGUUUAAAACAAUUGGAUUAUGCACGUGUAGCUAUUGAUGCUAUGAAAAAAGAAUUAACUGAAUUACAACCAAAAUUAAAAGAGACAGCAAUUAUUGUUGAAAAUUUAAUGGUAAGAAUUGAACAAGAAACAGCUGAAGUUGAAGCGAGAAAAGAAAUUGUAGCAGCUGAUGAAGCGGUAGCCAAUGAAGCAGCAGCAAAAGCUCAAUCAAUUAAAGAUGAAUGUGAAAAUGAAUUAAUGGAAGCAUUACCAGCAUUAAAAGAAGCUGAACAAGCAUUAGACACAUUGAAACCUGCUGAUAUUGUUGUUGUUAAAAGUAUGAAAAAUCCACCAAAAGGUGUAAAAUUAGUUAUGGAAGCUGUUUGUGUUAUGUUCGAUUUGAAACCAGAGAAAAAAAUUGAUCCUGCAUCACAAAAGGCUAUCUACGAUUAUUGGCCAACGAGUGUUCGUCUACUAGGUGAUAUGGAUUUUAAAAAAAGUUUAGAAAGAUUUGAUAAAGAUAAUAUUAAACCUCAUGUUAUUAAACAAAUUCGUGAACGUUUUACAAAUCCAGGCAAUGAAGAAUUUCGAACAGAAAAAAUUGCUACAGUAUCAGCUGCUUGUGAAGGUCUAUGUAAAUGGGUAACAGCAUUAGAUAAAUAUGAUCGUGUUAUUAAAAUUGUACAACCAAAACGUAUGAAAUUAGAAGAAGCUGAAUCACAAUUAAGUGAUCAAAUGAGUAAAUUACAAGAAAAACAAAAACAAGUCGCAGAAUUAGAAGCAAAACUAAAAGCAUUAACAGAUGAAUAUGAAACAAAUGUACAGAAAAAAAAUGAAUUAGAAGAUCAACGAAAUUUAUGUGAAAAAAAAUUGACACGUGCUGUACAAUUAAUUGAAGGAUUAGGUGGUGAAAAAGAUAGAUGGACAGAUCAAGCAAGAAGAUUAGGUGAUCGUUAUGUACAAUUAACUGGCGAUAUUCUUCUUAGUGCCGGUGUUGUUGCUUAUCUCGGUCCAUUUACCGUUAAUUUCAGAAAUGAUUGUAUAAAAAAAUGGAUUGAAUUAUGUCGUUCGAAAAAGAUUCCAUGUUCUGAUGUAUUCUCAUUAAAUGCUACACUUGGUGAUCCAGUUAAAAUUCGUGCAUGGCAAAUUGCCGGUUUGCCUGUGGACAGUUUUUCAGUUGAUAAUGGUAUUAUAGCCACAAAUUCAAGACGUUGGCCAUUAUGUAUUGAUCCACAAUCUCAGGCAAAUAAAUGGAUUAAAAAUAGCGAAAGAGAUAAUAAAUUAGCCGUUGUUAAAUUACAAGAUCAAAAUUAUGCUCGAACACUUGAAAAUGCUAUUCAAUUUGGUAGUCCAGUACUUUUAGAAAAUAUUAAUGAAGAACUUGAUCCAAUACUUGAUAAUGUUCUAUUGAAAGCAACAUUCAAACAACAAGGUGUUGAGUAUAUCAAAUUUGGUGAAAAUGUUAUUGAAUAUUCACGUGAUUUUCGCUUUUAUAUAACAACAAAACUACGAAAUCCACAUUAUUUACCUGAAACAUCGGUUAAAGUAACAUUAAUUAAUUUUAUGAUAACAAUGGAAGGUUUACAAGAUCAACUAUUAAGCAUUGUGGCUGCUAAAGAAAAACCAGAACUUGAAGAACAAAAAAAUAAAUUAAUUAUUGAAUCAGCUGAAAAUAAACGAAAACAAAAAGAAAUUGAAGAUACAAUUUUAGAAGUUUUAUCAUCAUCAGCAGGUAAUUUAUUGGAAAAUGAAACAGCAAUUCAAAUAUUAUCAUCAUCAAAGAAAUUAUCCGAAGAAAUUGAAGCAAAACAAAAAAUAGCUGAAGAAACACAAAAAGAAAUUGAAGCAACACGUCAAGGAUAUUUACCAGUAGCAAAACAUUCAACAAUUCUAUUUUUUUGUAUAUCAGAUUUGGCCAAUAUUGAUCCAAUGUAUCAGUAUUCACUCGUAUGGUUUAUUAAUUUAUAUGGAAUGUCUAUUGAAAAUAGUGAAAAAUCAUCUGAUUUAUCAUUAAGAAUACAAAAAUUAAAUUCUCAUUUUACUGAAUCAAUUUAUCGAAAUGUUUGUCGAUCAUUAUUUGAAAAACAUAAACUUUUAUUUUCAUUUAUAUUAUGUGUACAAUUACAAAAGGGACGUGGUGAAAUUGAUGAUAAUAUAUGGCGUUUUCUUUUAACGGGUGGUGUUGGUCUUGACAAUCCAUAUCCAAAUCCAGCAUCCGAAUGGUUAAAUGAUAAAUCAUGGUCGGAAAUUGUACGUGUUUCAGAAUUACCAGCAUUUCGUGGUCUUAUGGCACAUGUUAAAUCACAAAAAAAUGAAUGGAAAAAACUUUAUGAAUCGUUAAAACCACAUGAAGAACAAUAUCCUGAAGGUUAUGAUCAAGUAACAAAUCUUGAACGAUUGAUAAUAUUACGUUUAAUUCGACCUGAUAAAAUCGUUCCAGCAGUUCAACAAUAUAUUGUAAAAAAUAUGGGCCAACAGUUUGUUGAACCGCCAACAUUCGAUCUGGCUGGAUCAUAUGCUGAUUCAACGUCUGUCACUCCAUUAAUAUUUGUUCUAUCUCCUGGAGCAGAUCCAAUGGCUGCACUCUUAAAAUUUGGUGAACAAAUGAAUUUUAGUGAAAAAAUUCAGACUAUUUCACUUGGUCAAGGACAGGGUGUCAUAGCGGAGAAAAUGAUUAAAGAGGGUUCUAAAGUUGGUCACUGGGUUGUAUUACAGAAUUGUCAUCUAGCUGCGAGUUGGAUGCCGAAGCUCGAACGAAUUUGCGAAGAAUUAUUGAUACCGGGCAAAAUUCAUCAAGAUUUUCGUUUAUGGUUAACAUCUUAUCCAUCCGAUUUGUUUCCUGUAACAAUUUUACAAAAUGGUAUUAAAAUGACAAAUGAAAGUCCAAAAGGAUUAAAAUCAAAUUUGAUACGAUCAUAUCUCAAUGAUCCGAUUUCUGAUCCAGCAUUUUUUAAUGGAUGCAAUAAACCAGAUAUAUGGCGAAAAUUAUUAUUUGGUCUAUGUUUUUUUCAUGCUGUUGUACAAGAACGUCGACAAUUUGGACCGUUAGGUUGGAAUAUACCAUAUGAGUUUAAUGAGUCUGAUCUACGCAUUAGUUUAAGACAAUUACAAAUGUUUUUAAAUGAUUAUGAUGAUUUACCAUUAGAAGCAUUAUCGUACUUAUUUGGUGAAUGCAAUUAUGGUGGCCGAGUUACCGAUGACAAAGAUCGACGUUUACUAAUUUCACUAUUAUCAAUUUUUAUCAAUAAAGAAGUUGUUCGAGAGGAUACCUACAACACACCAUUUCAAGCUCAUAUGAAAGGAGCUGAUCAACAGCUCACAUGA